GCAUAACCGGGGCCGGGGAUCCGCGGUCAAACAGAAGUCGACCCCGAGACUCUGGAGGUUGUUUUUGGAGAAACCAGACCCAGGUCCCAGGGUGGGGAUACCGCUGAAAAGCAGACGCCGUGUGUGCUGAAGGUUGUAAUAGACGGAUGAACGGUUCGGAUAGACGCUAAGGGGAGAGCCGAUCGUCGUGGUGCACGGGGCACAACGAGGAGCAUCGGAAGCGAGCAUUGUUGGAGUGAAGCAAACAGCAAACAGCAGCAGAAGUACCAGCGGCGAACGACGACAACUUGACUAUUUUCAUCAGCCACUGACUGGUGGCUUCAUUGUUACGACGCUUGUUACGAACACACAUAAGGCAAGCGAAUGAGUAGUUGUAAACAGCCAUGCAUGAUUUUCUCACAGGGCAGUCCAGGCAGUGGUGAAGGCAGAAAGAAGGGAGGCACGGAUUGGAUUGGAUUUCGCAUGUCGUUUUUUAAUAUGUUCUCUCUGUGUGACCCAUCCACUCGGAUUCCUCUGUAGACAGAAAUAAGCAUGCGUGUUUCGAAUGUAAAUAUUCGAAACUGGUUGGGGGUGAGCCAGAAAAAGCGCGCUCUUGCGCGCUCUUUCUCCUCCCUUCGACAGAUUUCAACAAAUUUCAAACUCUGUUGAAUUGAUGGCCGGGACUUCUAGUCCAGGGAGUCAGGACAACUCCCACUCUGACGACUUUGGCAACGCUGGCGGAGGAGACCGUGACAAUUCCAAUGUCAGAGAGCAGGAUCGAUUUCUCCCGAUAGCAAAUAUCAGCAGAAUUAUGAAGAAAGCGCUUCCUGUAAACGCCAAGAUUGCGAAGGACGCCAAAGAAACUGUGCAGGAAUGCGUCUCAGAGUUUAUAAGCUUCAUCACAAGCGAAGCUUCUGACAAAUGUCAGAGAGAAAAGAGAAAAACUAUAAAUGGAGAUGAUCUAUUGUGGGCCAUGAGCACAUUAGGGUUCGAAGAUUAUGUUGAACCCUUGAAGGUGUAUCUGCACAAGUAUCGAGAGAUGGAGGGAGAUAAGGGCUCUUCAAUUAAUAAGCCGGGAGAGUCCAACUCCGGAAAAAAAGAGGGAACAAGUCACCCUGCUGUUCAGCAGAUGAGCGCUGGCGUUCAAGCCUACAACAUGGGCUAUAAUAUACAAAAUCAGAUGAUGAGUGCACCUCCUAACUAUCAGCUACAGAUGCAGCAGAUGCUGGCCGCUCCGGGAGGUCAACAACAUUGAUUCAUGUCGAUAUAGUAGUAGGGAUAGGUCUUUGCUUAGGUCUGCGCGGAGAUUUGUAGACAACUGUUCCCCUAAUCCGCGAAAAGCAAAUGGAAAAGACUAGCAUAUCCAAGUAGGGGAGCUUGGAAAAUGGCUAGGUUGUGCUAACCUCUGAGUAGCUGAAGACUUCAAUCUUGGUAAUUUCUUUCAACUUGUAGUGAUACAUUCUGGCUAACCUCACAGGUUCGGAAAGUUUUUCCUUUCCUCAAGUUCUUUCGGAUCCCUGCUUAGAGCUUUCUUUGUGCAGGCGCUUUCUGUUAUUUUUGGUAUGUGAAGGUCUGAGUUUUUCUCAUCCAAAAAGUAUGUAAAUAGAGGUUUUGAAUACGGAUUGACGGGUCUAAGGGUAGGAGUCACUGGUUUUACCCUGAUUGUAUCACUUGAAUGUUGUCAACUCAAAGUUUCAUACAUAAAAAAAACUCGUUCUUUUCCC